AUGGCCUCGAACCCUCCCCAAGCAUGCUGCUACAAGGGCGUCAAGCACGAAGGCUCGCCUACCGGAGAGCUCUCCACCAUCGGCGACUUUGAGGUCUACACCAAGUAUCCCGAGAACAAGUCGACCGACCUGGGCAUUUUGAUCAUCACCGAUGUGAUCGGCCACAAAUUCACCAAUGCCCAACUUAUCGCCGACCAGUUCGCCGCCAACGGCUACUUUGUCCUCAUGCCCGACCUGUUCUACGGCGAUGCCAUCCCGCUCAACCGACCUGGCGACUUCGACAUCAUGAAGUGGAUGCAGGGCGAGUAUAACGAGACCAAGACGGCACAUCUGCCUCCCUCCGUCGACCCCAUCAUUGACGCCUGCCUCGUCGAGAUGCGGACAAAAUACAAGUGCAAGAAAAUCGGCGGUGUAGGCUACUGUUUCGGCGGCAAAUACGUGGUCCGCCACCUGCGGCCCGAGGCCGGCAAAAUCGACGUCGGCUACACCGCGCACCCCAGUUUCGUCGACGCCGACGAGCUCAAAGACAUCAAGGGGCCCCUGGCCAUCUCCGCCGCCGAGACCGACUCCAUCUUCCCUCCGGAGAAGCGCCACGAGUCCGAAGUCAUCCUCAAGGACGUGGGCCACCCCUACCAGAUCAACCUGUACUCGAGCGUAGAGCAUGGCUUUGCCGUUCGCGCAGACCCGAAGAACAGGCCCUCCAUGUAUGCCAAGGAGAAUGCCUUCUUGCAGGCCAUCCAGUGGUUCCAGGAGUACCUGAAGCAGUAG